AUGAACAGCAAACUGGUGGCUGUCCUGGCUCUCUUCCUGAUCUCAGUGGCUCUGUCUCAAGGUAUGGCCAUAGCAAGGAUGGGGACUGAGCUCCGGUGCCAGUGCAUAGCCACUCACUCCAAGUUCAUUCCUCCCAAGUCCAUCAAAGAUGUGAAGCUGACCCCAAGUGGCCCCCACUGCAAGAACGUUGAAGUCAUAGCUACUCUGAAGGAUGGCAAAGAGGUGUGCUUGGAGCCCACUGCUCCCUGGGUACAGAUGAUCAUAAAGGCAAUUUUGGCCAAGGCUCAGCUCAAUUCUGACUCACCUCUCUAG